AAUCAGUGGACAAAAGCACAUCCUCACCCUAGGUCAACCUCAUGGUUUACAUUCCUUAAAAUCUCACAAUACAGAAUGUGUUAAAAUCUGAGUUAAAUAGCAUGCAUAUCUCAAGUUCUGAUUUGGCCCCAAGUGCUACACAUUUGGCAAUGAUUAGUAGUCCCAUUAGAGGCUAUAGGAUGUGCAGCGGCACAGCUGGGGUCGAUUUAAACCAGUCUCUAAGAAAUGAUUUGAGAGAGAGGAAGUGUGUCCUUUAUGAGACGCCUAUAGGGUUGUGAAUCACGUGUGUGUGGAAAACAAAGCACCAAAUGUCUGUCUGAAGGACCCUCUCUGUGUCUCUGUCUGCUGGGAGUUAGUGCAGCAGGCUUUGAUUUCAGGACCGGCCACAUGACUUGGAUUAGCUUAUUUUUUUUCUUUGCCACUGGGUGCCUCUAGCCCACUAUUAUCGCUCUCUCUAUCCCUGUUUCAUUCUUUCCACGCAAGAACAUACUUAAAGCCCCUGCUUAUUAUUUUUACUUUUUUUGCAAAUCCUUUUCUUUGAGGUUUAAAAAAUAUAUUUUUAAGCCGUUUUACUUUUCUCCUCCUCUUUUCCCGAUACUUUGGGAGGUGUUGGUGACAUCUGGUGUCGAAAUCCUGAACGUCCCAGAUGGUAACCUAUUCAACUGAAGCUGCCUGUCAUGUGGAUAUUGUAACCACAUUAUAGGGAUAGUUUGAGAUUUAUCUACCUCAAGUUAGCUGUUCCUGUGCGUUUCCAGUCAUGGGCUAACUCUAGUUAGCGUUGUCUCGCACCUCUAACUUCCUUCAUACUGGAAGUAUAGACAUCAGAAUGGUAUCCCAGAGUUCAUCUGACUCUGGGCAAGUCGAUGGGCUUCAUUGGCAAAAUCUCGAACUGUCCCUUUAAAAGCAACUUUACUCACUGAAGUUGGCUUCGUAAGGUGUGUUCGCGAAGAGGUGGAAGGUCGGGUGUUCUGAGAAAUGUGUGUGUUUAGAUCUAUGCUCCGGAUGAGGAAGAGGAUGAUGAUCUUGAGGAAGAGCAUCCUGUGUUGAACAUAAAGAGACCAUUGAGGAGAUCAUCUUAUAGAGUCGACAAGAUGGUCCCUGCAAGCGAUGAUACUGAUGUCUCUGCGCUAUCAGCUGGUGAGGUAGUUCUUCCACCUCCAAGAGAGGCAAAGACCAAGGCACCUCUGCUUCUGGAAGUCCUGAAGGAACCUAAGCCUAUAUUGGCAGAGAAGCCAAGCUCUAAGUCCACUCCCUUACUGCAUGGCAUAGCCCAUGCCCAGUCCACUAGGACUAUCCAUCAGGUUGUCCUAACAGCCAGGGCCGAGUCUCCAUCACCCAGACUGACUCGGGUACCUUCUGUCCCUGACCGAGCCUUCCCCCUGAAUGUGAAUGCUGCUGCGCUCUGGUUCCCCAAAGCCAAAACCAGCGGCCCCCCAGUCAAGACCCCCAGCCACGGUGUCCCUGAGGGCCACAUAGGUCUGGAGAGCCCCCACUCCCUCACUCCCUUGCAGACCUGUAGGAAGAUUUGGUGGACACCCAGAGGAAGCCAGAUGAGAUGUGGUAAGAGAGACAGCGGAAACCAAAAAGGAAGAGGAAGUAGGGGGGAACUGGUGGUAAAGGAACUAUGGAAGCUGUGCUGUGAGGAGGAUGGUGGUCUUCCUCUCACUCUGACUACUAAAGCUCCCAGUCAUGAGCUAAACUCCCUACUCAAUACAGCUCUUUUAGAGGAACCUGCACCAAGUGUCCAUGCUCCAGUAGGACAGAGCAUAAGACCCCUGAAACAAUGGCCUCUGGGGGUACCACAGGAAGUCCGCCCGCUCCUAGUAGCCAGCCCUUCCCCACUACCUCGUUUGUCUGGAAGUGACCCCUUUGCCUCCUUCACCGUCAGGCCUGUAAGCUACGUCUCACACACCCCCUCAUCUCCAUCCCUGAAGGAACAACUGGAAUCCCUACCAUCUCUCUCUGCCAAGUUUGACACGCUGUCCAAUCGCUUUACUCGGCAGGAUCAGCGUAAGUCUAAAAAUGAUCUCAAACCUAAGUGGAAACAGCAGAAAAACAUCCCCUUGCUCUCCUCUGUGACCCCAGUGAGGGGGCAGGACAGUGUCUCCUCGAGUAUCUCUAAGGAGCCAUGGGUGGAGAAGAUAGCAGCUGGUGAGCAGACACCCAACAGGGUGGAUGAGAAGGAUGUCCUCAAGGAGAUGUUCCCCUACGAGACCAACACUCCAACAGGAAUCAACGCCACCUGUCGAAGGCCCAUCCGAGGGGCAGCCGGCAGGCCCCUAAAGUCUGGUGACCUGUGGACAGAUGAGACCCUCCUGCGCUCCUCUCACUCUUCCUACACAGAGAGCCGCACCGCCACCGUCCACAGAGUCACCACCCUGCCCCCCUCUACCAGGCAGGCAACGUCAGUGGCACCCCCUGCUGGAAAGACCAUAGCACCACCCCAUGGCCUGCCUGUCUGGCUGAAGCUGCUGCUCCUCGGCAUUGUAGCUGGCUUCAUAUUCUUCAUCUACCAGACCAUGGAGACCAACGCUAUGGCCCCCUUCGGAGGGUCCUCAGAUUCCACGCAGACCAGUGGCCAUGAGGUCCGCAAGUGAAGCCUGGAUGACAGUGCUCUGGCAGCAUAAUGUUACUGCCACCACUUUCACCGUUCCUCGCUUCCUUGGCAUUCUUGUUUGUUUUUGUUUUUUUCUGUUUCCGUCACUUAUAAUUGGUUAAAUGGUUUGGUACAGGAGCCUAAUCUGUAUCGGUGCCUCCUGGAGACGACAAUGUCCAAAAUGAUAUAUUGAAUGUUGAAGAUGACCACUUCUCAUUCUAAAAUGACAAUACUGUCUUCUGUUUGUUUCAGUCCGUCCUUUCCCCAUCUUUGAGGCUGAGAGAAAGCCAGUCGCACCAAUAAUCUACAGAUCACGUACAUACACCGAAACAGUGGCUUCCAAAUUAUGUGAACUUGCUUUAUAUGGUCUAUGUUUUUGUUUUAUAUCUCUGCAUGAUGUAAUCGUGUGAUUGCAUUUGCCGGAGUCUGUGAAAGAGAAUUGCCUGUGUGCGUGUCUGUGUUUCACACGGUUUGCUUUUGUAAUGCUGUCACUAUAAUCUAAUGCAGUUAGAUGUAAUCUAAUGCAGUUAUUAGCAAAAACAGUCAGGCAAAGACUGAAGGAAUUUCAACCAAUUGUAAACAGCUAUUUCUUGAUCGAACCAACUAUACAGCGGUUAUGUGUGAGAGACAGGGAUUCUUAAAACUCAUGCACACAUAUAGCUCUUAUGCUGUUUUUUUGUCUUUUUUUUAAUUGAAAUUGUCUGUGGAGCCUAUUUAGUAAUGUAUGUAUUCAUUGUAAUAAAUCAUGUAAUAUCCUCUCAAUAAAACUGUUGUAAUAUGUAAGGAUAAUA